AUGGUCUUGUUGCGCCCGGAUACUUCCCAUGCCAUGAGUACUUACAGGUCCACAGAAUUCCCUUUUCCCAUGUUCGGAUCGCAUAAGGCAAUCGGCCUUGAUCACAACGUGUGUGUGGAUCGUUACUCGCGGUAUGGGCCAUACGGACUAGAUGAGUUCAACGGUGAGGAUGUUCCAGGAUUCCAAAGACCCCCCAGAAUCUUUUGGGGAAAUAUAAACUGGGGAUAUCUUCAAUCGGCGUGCUUUGAGCGUAACGCUGACAGGUAUGACCCUGAUCGACCCGAUCAGCAUUACACCCAGCACAGCCUCUCGCUGUAUCCCCGAGAAACUCCACCGCGUGGGAAAAGAAAGAAGCUCGGGACUCUUUCUUACAAGUCUCGUUCGGCUGUCAUUCUCCGGGCUUCGGAUAACAUGAGAUGGACACCCAGUCACGCUCAGUAUCUUCGUUCCCUGAUCAUGGAGCUAUCCUUGCACUCAGGGUCUGAGUACCAAGUGUUUUUCUUAAUCGACGUGCACAAUCCAUCCAUUGAUCUCGAAAAUGAUGAAGAAGCGAUUCAAUCGCUCAAGCAGAAGAUUGUGCCGGCCGAAUUCCGCAACAUGACUGUCUUUUUCAAUGAACGUCUACUGGAAAGAUGGUAUCCCAAACUAGACGAGCACCGCGCUAUCUAUCAACAUCUCCAGGCAACUCAAGUGUUUUCCCUAAUGUAUCCCGAGUUCGAUUACUACUGGCAACUUGAAUUUGACAACCGAAUCAUCGCACAUGCCUACCAUUUCUUCGAACAAACCAUCGCCUUCGCCAAGCGACAACCCAGGAAGUAUCUAUGGGAACGUAACGCCUAUUUCUAUACCCCAGGAGCCCACGGUGACUGGAGUGACUUCUCCACUAUGGUUACUCUAGCAAUGGAAGGCAAACCAAGCAUCUGGGGUCCAGUUGAGCACCCAGGUAUAUCACCCGCAGGACCAACACCCCCAAUCUCACGACCACAAGGCGAUCACUUCGAAUGGGGAGUCGGCGAAGAAGCCGACCUAAUAACCUUCCUACCCAUCUUCGAUCCCCGAAACACAUCCUGGACCUUCCCAUGGAUGCUCUGGAAUCUAGACGAGAACAUCCCCCGCCGCGCCUCGGUCAUCACCCAAUGGCGCAUUUCCAAACGCCUCCUGGGAGAAAUGCACAACGCCCAGCUCGAAGGACAAGCCUUCGCUUCUGAGAUGUCAGCUCCAUCUUGGGCUUUAUUGCAUGGCUUCAAAGCCGUGCAUGUCCCGCAGCCGAUCUAUGUCGAUGGGAAAUGGACUUCUGCUGAAAUGGCACGCAUUUUCAAUCGCGGGACGCCGGAAAAUAUUAACGGUGGUCAGUUCAGUAUCUGGAAUUGGGAUCAUAAAUUCGAUUAUCUCUGGUAUCGCCUUUCAUUCAUGUUCGCGACUCAAACGGCCGAAGAUCUAUUCAGGCGUUGGCUGGGGUUCCCGCCUAAUCCAAGUCGGCACCUCAGUGGAGAGCGGGAUGAACCUGCCAAUGGCCGAAUGUGUCUUCCAUUCAUGUUACUGCAUACGAUUAAGAAUACGGAGCCCGAAAUGACGUCUAAUCUGCCUGUCACUGAUUCUGCCCUUCAAGAUGAUGCUAUUUGA